CUGGGAGAAAGCUGUCAUGGCGGGAUGUUUCGAAGCGAUACAGAGACCAGUGUCCAGUCUGUCUCUGAACUCCAGUGUGAAGGUCAAACUGGUCAGUGCUGGUUUCCAGUUCACUGCAGACCUGCUGCACGUGACAGCGACACAACUGAGCUCAGAGGCGUGUGUGUCCCAGCAGGAGGCGCUGGAGGUGCUGCGGGCGGUGAGCAGAGAUGGAGGAGGUGUAGCGUCUCUCAGCGCUCUGGAGCUUUUGCAGAAGGAGGAGGACGAGCAGAGGAGCAUCAUCACCUUCUCCUCGCAGCUCGACACCGCGCUCCGAGGAGGACUUCCUGUCGGGAAAACCACGGAAAUCUGUGGAGCGCCCGGAACCGGAAAAACACAACUGUGCCUGCAGCUGGCCGUGGACGUUCAGGUGCCGCCAUGUUUCGGGGGCAUCGGAGGUCAGGCGGUUUUCAUCGACACUGCGGGAAGCUUCCUGCUGCAGAGAGUCGUCGACAUCGCCGCCGCUGCCGUCCAACACUGCUCCCUAUUGGUCGAAGAUGACGAACAACGAGUAGCCAUGACAACCUUCAGUGUAGAAAACAUCCUGUCCAACAUCUUUCUGGUGCGUUGCCAUGACUACGUGGAGCUGCUGGCAGAGCUCCAGCUGCUGCCUGACUUCCUGGCUGAGCACCCCAGGGUCCACCUCCUGGUGAUUGACAGCGUGGCGUUUCCUUUCCGGCAGCACUUUGGCGAGCUGUGGCAGAAGACACGCCUCCUCAAUGGCCUCGCCCAGAAUCUCAUCGCAAUGGCAACCAGCCACAGCUUGGCCGUGGUGUUGACCAAUCAGAUGACCACACGCCUGCAAGGCAGCAGAUCACAGCUGGUCCCCGCCCUUGGGGAGAGCUGGGGCCACGGCCCUAACAUCAGGAUCCUCUUUCACUGGGCGGGGCCAAGACGGUUGGCGGCCAUCUUUAAAUCUUCUGGUCACAUGGACUGUGCCGUCCAAUACCAAAUCACCUCAGAGGGAUUCAGGGACGCCGACCAAUCAGAACUGCCUCAGAGCAAACGCCCACGAACACACAGCCCCCAAUCGGCUGGCAGCAAGACAGAAACCAGCUCCUGAUUGGUCAGAGACUGUCAGCCAAUCAGAAUCCAAGAUGACUUGUUUGCAAUUAAAAAAGUAAAUAUUUCUAAAAAAU